UGGGCACGUGAUCGGAAGUUACACGUUGAUUGGUUGAAUUCUACUUCCGGCAAAUCUGACAGUCAAGUGCUCGAAGAUGGGGGAGAGAGCGGAAAAAGAAGCUUUUGUUACCUUGGCAACAAAUGACACAUAUGCCUUGGGAUGUCUCGUCUUGGGGAAUUCCCUCCGUCGCGUGGAAACAACACGGAAACUGGUUGUCAUGGUAACGGAUGGAGUUACACUGUCAAUGAGAGACCAGUUGGGCCGAGUAUUUGACCUGGUGAAUGAGGUGAACGUUUUCGACAGUCACGAUGCUGUCAACCUGCAGCUUCUAGGUCGCCCUGACCUCAGCUGUACUCUAACCAAGCUCCACUGCUGGCGACUCACACAGUACCACAAGUGUGUUUUUAUGGAUGCUGAUACUCUGGUACUACAAAAUGUUGAUGAAUUGUUCGACCGCGACGAGCUCUCAGCAGCCCCCGAUGCAGGUUGGCCCGACUGUUUUAACUCCGGUGUUUUCGUGCUGGUACCCAGUUUGGAAACAUAUUGUGCUCUUGUACAGUUUGCGAUGACGCAGGGAACUUUCGAUGGCGGUGACCAAGGUCUAUUAAAUCUGUAUUUCCAUGACUGGGCGACACAGGAUAUAGCGAAGCACCUUCCCUUUAUCUACAACGUUGUGUCUCAGGCGUUCUACAGCUACCUACCAGCAUUUACACAAUUUAAAGACCGUGUGAAGAUAGUUCAUUUUAUCGGUGCCGUGAAACCAUGGCACCAUGCUUUCAACACGUCUACCGGUGAAGUGAUGCCCCUUCCAGGCACUGGACACAGCCAGGAAUUUCUCCAAAUAUGGUGGAGUUUAUUCAUGCAGACAGUGCAACCCUUACUGGACCCCAGUGCGAGUGUCUCAUCGACGCCGUUUUUACGGUUUGAGUACGUGUCAUCAAAACAACACGAAACAUCUCAUCCCGUCUCCGAAUCCCAUUCACAACCCACCUAUCAAGUUGUCUUUCCUUACGUUCCACCAACACUGGACCAAGUCUUCUAUGCCCCUCCUUCCCACGAUGCAACACACCAUCCUGAGGGAUCAUGGGAUAGCAAUGGCGGCCCUGGUCCUUGUGUUGUAGAGAUUUCAUCCGAGCCAGUUAGAUCAUACAUGAGCAUAGAAACACAUUAUACUGAAGCACCUUUAUCCCAAAUUGACCCCGACGGUCCACCAAAGGAUCUCUAUUCUGCUAGCGAAUUAGAAUCAACCCUCACUGUUGACGACACCCCUGUCAAAGAUGAGGCUGGUUCAACUGAUGAGUCACUAGAGGGCUCUGGUGGUUGCCAUGGUGCUAAAGACCUGGAUGACCUUGAGACUGACGUAGGUCAUGGGUCCCACCCAGUCGAUAUUGAGGAUGAAAAUGGCAAUAUUAUUAAUAACACUUUGUUGGGAGGACUUGUAGGACAGUUGGCCAGCCUUGACCUUGAGGGUGGCAUGGGCGGAACAGGUGCCGCGGUGUUCAUGGAUGACCGGGAACGCAAGCUGGCCUGGGAGCGUGGUCAGAUGGACUACUUGGGGAUCGACAAGUUUGACAAUAUCAUGAAAAAACUUGAUGAAGAAAUAGGGGAUCGGCGCUCACCUAGCCCCAGCAAAAGUGGAACGCCCCCCCUGCCUCAAGAGCCGGACGAUAAGCCUGGUGACACAGCUGUAGUAUCGCCUCAAGGAACGGCGGUGCCUGCCGAGAGUACUGCUAAGAUCUCACCACCUUCAGGCAACUGAUCGACACAACGCUCCGUACGAUUGCUCAUUUGUUCAUCUGCCACACGAUGUUUGAAUCCACUGGAGAAGUAACCUUGACCUUGAUGAGCUGGCCCUAACAGCAUGCUGGGAAGCCUACGUAACCAUGGCAACAUCUGAGAUCUUCAGUUGGCUUGCUGCUAAUGUAAUGUCUGUCUUUCUUUAGUUAUGGCCGACUCUUGUAGCUUUCUACGACACAAUAUUGGAAUGUGGUCGUCCCUCCCUGCUGCAUGAAACAUGUAUCGUUAUCAGUUUUAUCCUUGAUUAUCUCCCUUACUUGUUGAAAUGGAUAUGACAAAAGAGGAAAUUUUGUAAAAAUGUAUCACCAAAUCUCUGUUGCCAUGGCAACUUGUAAGCAUGACAUUUUUUGUAAAUUUUGUUUUCAAGCUCAGUUCUGGAAUCCAAUGCAUUUCAAUGGUGAUUUACGUGACAUCGUCUUCUCGUGUUGAUAGGGGCAGUGGGGUAGCCUACUGGUUAAGGUGUUCGCCGGUUACACAGAAGGCCCAGGUUCGAUUCCCAUUUUGCCCCACAAUUUGUAACAAAUGACUAAACUAGGGGCAGAUAAUCAAUGGUGCUUGCAAGGAAGUAAACUGAAAUAAAACCUUAUCGGGGUUAUUUUUAGGCAUGCUUGACUGUAACCCAGUAUUUACAUGGACGCUUAUAGAUGUCUUUGUAAAGUAUGGGGAAAAUAACCCUGCCGUGAAUACAUCUGUCUCACUCCAUGCUAAAAGCUCUACCUCAAUACACAAGAUGCGUGGUCAUCAGGAACUGCUCCCGACUUCCACAUGCCAGACAAUAUUGUGAUAAGAAAGCUACAAGAGUGUCUGUUCCUCCAGGCCGCUGUAAUAGAAGAACAGUUGGUGUCAGGUUAAGAGGGACUGUGCUGUGUGGCCUCAAGGUCAGGAGGUUGACAAAUAAAAAAUAAAAACAUUCCAGUUACAUAUAUAUAUUUUUUAUUUCGCAAAAUGUUAAGUAGUUGUUAGAUUAAAUUUUCAGCCGGUUUUGAUGAUUGUAAUUUUAAAUAAUUUAUUCAUUUUGAAAAUUUUGCUUAUUUCUUGUCAGCAGAAUUAAAAAACAAUGUUUUUAAUUUUUAUGUUUUUUUUCAAUUUUUGGAUGACGUUAACAAGUUUUUAAAAAAGUGACAUCUAAUAAGUGUAAGGAGAUAAGAAUGACAUAUUUUUAUAACUUUGGGUUUAAAGAUAUAUUCUGCUCAACUUUUGAUAGGGAGAAUUUAUAUUUGUCAUUCUAAUUAAAUUUAAGCUUGACAUGAGAAUCAGUUUUUUGUUUUGAAAGAUUGAAAAAUCCCUAUCACAGAUGGAUCAGUAUUCAGCGCGGUCUGAGUCAAACUGACAAUCGGCCCAAGCCUAGUCCCUCUUAAUGGCUGCUACUGUUUCCAUUGAUGCACAAGGAUGUGUUCUUAGAGUCGGACAAUGAGAACAAUGUUGUUGAUACGAAGAUUGAAGUCAACUUUUAACAUUGGUAUCUGUCGUUGGUGUCUUUCAGGACAUGUACUGUUUGUUAAAACUUGAAAUACCAUUAUUGUUUUGAGAUACGCAAAUACUAGAAAGUCUGUUAUUAAUUUGAUUGUUUUUCUGUGUCGGUGAGAAUUUACAUCAGAAGAUUUAUCAUGGUAUAUCUUGUUGAAUGUUUUUUCAGACUAGAACAUUUUGUUAUCCACAUUCGCUACACAGUUCUCUCCCUUGAUUUGUAGACCACGCAAUUCUACUUGGGUCAGAAACUGUUGUCCAUAGUUUUUUAACAUAAUUUGUUGUUUUAAAUUGAUUGACAGAAACUUUUGAAUCAGUUCCGAAGAUUUUUUGUCAGAAUUGUUACUAUAAAUGGAAAUCAAGAGGGAGAACUUUUGCAACAUUUACCUCGGAUUUACAGUGAUGGUUGAAGAGUUAUGUCCCCUUGGUUCAGGAUCUGUGUUAGCCACAGAGGCUACUAUACCUCAAAUUGUUGACACUUCAGUGAACAUCCAUGUUGACCUAGGUCCUGUUCCACAGCGAUGAUCUUAUCUGCGUAAUCGUAAGGCCAAGAUGAUAGCAUCCAUAAUAUAACAUAGACUUGCGACUAUCUUAGCGCUAAGAUGAUCGUAACUCCCAUACUUCAACGUAGACUUGGGACAAUCGUACUGCUAAGAUGAUCGUAAAUCCCAUACUUUAACAUAGACUUGCGACUAUCUUAGCGCUAAGAUGAUCGUAAAUCCCAUACUUCAACGUAGACUUGUGACAAUCAUAGCGCUAAGAUGAUUGUAAAUCCCAUACUUCAGCGUAAACUUGCGACAAUCGUAGCUCUUUGUGGAACUGAGACCUGUAUUAUUUAAAAAUACUUAAAUUCCACUAUUCAGGGAUUUGUCUCAAUCUGAUUUGACAGUCUCCUCUUACCAGAUAAAUCUGCCUUGUCUCAGAAACCAGUUCAGCUACGUUAUAAUCUCACUUCAGUAAAUCUUCCAUCGGACAGUAGAGCCUGUGAUCAGUGAUCGUGUGGGCAGUGUGUAAAGAUGCAACGUAUCGGAUUAACCGUAAUAAAAACAAUUGGCGAUUUAUGUGUAAACCACAUUUAGAACUGAAUCUGCAGGCAGUUAAAUGUUCUUUUGUUAAUCACAGCUGGGGCUGUCAGAAUUGAAGAUGAGUUCAUUUCCAAGGGAAGCAAAAUUUUUUAGAAUUUUUAUCAGUAUUACUUAAAGUUAGUGUUUCUUUUGUUUCUGUGACUGUCCUGUGUCUGGCUGUGCAUGUCAUUGUACCUCAUGGGUCGUUGCUCAUGCUCUGAGUCACUGGAUUGUCUGGUCCGGACUGGAUUAUUAGCAGAUCACCGUGCUAUGGCUGUGAUACUACAGAGUGCAGAGUUUAACACCAGUCACUGAAUUAGGCUGCUUAUCACAAGCGGUAUCUCUGUGUGUCUAUGGGGGCACGGGUGGCCUAGUCGUCUAAGGUGCCGUGAUUCGCUGUGCCUAUGAUUGUGGGUUCGAAUCCCGGUUCGCCCCAAUUAUGUUUCUAGGUUUGUCAGCACCACACCCGUGCUUGUGGGUUUUGUUUGUUUGUUUGUUUGUUUGUUGUUUAACGCCGCACUCAGCAAUAUUCCAGCUAUAUGACGGGGGUCUGUAAAAUAAUCGAGUCUGGACCAGACAAUCCAGUGAUUGACUUCAUGAGCAUCGAUCUACACAAUUGGGAUCGAUGACAUGUAUCAACCAAGUCAGCGAUCCUGACCACCCGAUCCCGUUAGUUGUCUUUUACGACAAGCAUAGUCACCUUUUACGGCAAGUAUGGGUUGCUGAAGACCUAUUCUACCACAGACUCUUCACGGGUCUAGUAGUAUAGUAGUGGAGUGGUAUAGUAUAUUGUGUGUACAAGACAAUCAGGGUAGAUACCGUUUGUCAAAAACCUGUCUGCACAUCAUUUAGGACUAGUGGUUUGUGUAUUUGUUUGUUUGUUGUUUAACGCCGCACUCAGCAAUAUUCCAGCUAUAUGACAGCGGUCUGUAAAUAAUCAAGUCUGGACCAGACAAUCCACUGAUUGAUAUCAUGAGCAUCGUUCUACGCAAUUGGGGUACAAUGACAUCAUCAACCAAGUCAGUGAGCCUGACCACCCGAUCCUUACGACAAGCAUGGGUUGCUGAAGACCUAGUCUCAACCUGGGUUUUCACGGGGCAGUCUGGAUUAUGUAAGAUAGCUACAUUUGGUUAGAAAAUAGUCCCCCUGUAUUUUCACUAGUCUUGGACUGAUGGAUUAAUAGCUGUGUCUUUCCCUGAGCAUCAUAAUCUAUUUGUGCAAUAUUUGGCAAUGUUAGUAGUUAUAACGUAAGGUAGGCCUGGUCAUGUGAUACUUAACUGUUUCCUCUACUGCUAAGCUGUUUCUAGAGGACUUGUUGAAUUAAGUUUCAUGAAGUUUUAACAAAGUUUAACAAAGUUUAAUUUAGUUAUUGAUGUUCAGCUAAAUCCCUCCAGCUACUCAAGUCAGUAAUUCUGUAGCGUGUAUAUGGAGCUUGGUAGUCUGAAUGUAUAUUUUCCCGGUUCGAUUCCCUACAUAGGUACAACGUGUGAAGAUCAUUUGCCCCGCCACGAUAUUGCUUGAAUAUUGCUGAAUGUGACUUAGACCCAACUCACUCAGUUAUAAAGUGCCAGGCCCUUCCUGGAAACGAGUCAUGGAGUCAUGUAUGUGACACCGUCUGACUCAAGAAGAUACUGCUCGUUCAUUUCAAUAAUUCUGUAGGUCUUCCAUUGUUUUUUGAUCUUGCUAAUUAUGUUAUGUGUGUAAUAUGAUGGGAAGACAACCACACGCUCCUCUCUCCCUGUUAAUCAACUGUUAAUAGGUAAAUGUAGUGACAAAAUGCUUAUAAAAGAUAAGCUUCUUUACAAUUAUUGUUGAUUGUUAUCCUGAUUUAGGGCUGGUGAGAGAGAGAGUUCGUCCCUGAUCAUGGAUAAAUCUGUUAUAGAGUAGAUCGAUAUUUAGCUUAUAUGAUGGUUUCUACCUAAUGUAUUUUACAUACUUCAGAUGCCAUUUUGUUUUUGAUUAUAUCUGAUUGUACAUUGUUCGUGCCACAAAUAGAUACUACGCAGAAAGUUGGUCGAUGUAAUGUGACCGUGAAGCUACAGAAUGGCCACUAAACAGAAAGACUUCAAUCCAAAGAUCCCGGAGGUUUCCUUCCAAUGAUUCUUACCAUCAUCUUAGAACAGUGUGCGUGUAGGAAGUCAGUUUCCCAUUUAAGAUUUGUGCAUGUAUUAUUAAAGACUCUUGUGAUAAUAUUGUGUAUAAAUAUACCAUGCCCUGACUGAGCAUUGUAGACAUUUGCAUGCCCUGACUCAGGAUAAUUGGGCUGUUCAUGACCCGAUUCCAAUAGUUUCCAUACCGGAAAACAGAUCUGCAGGAAAUGCUAUAAUACUGGAACAGAAAUCCAUUGAUCUUUGAAAAAAAGCCAAAGAACAACCAAAAUGGAGCCUGUCUCUCUGCUUGCUUGUUACCUUAGUGCAAUCAAUCCCCUCUUGCAAGUGUGCGUAGAGUUGAGAGUUUUUGUCCGAGUUCAAUCUCUGAAUUUUUUCAAGUGAAUAAACGUAGCAUACGUUGUCUCGUUACAAAUUCCGUAUUCAAAUGUCAGAGUAUUGGAGGCGGUCUUGUAUAUUAUUUUUUUAGCUCUGAAUAUGAUUCUGUCCUGCUUCUAACCCCUGAAUCAUGAAACAUGAAAACAGCAUUGGUUUGAAACCGCAUGGCCAUCACCGGAACAGAUGCACAGGUUGGGGCAGGAUGCCAUGGCAACGACCUCAUGACCUUUCUGAAAUUGCAGUGACCUCAUGACCUUGCAGUGACUUCAUGACCUUUCUGAAAUUGUAGUGACCUCAUGACCUUGCAGUGACCUCACGACCUUUCUGAUAUGGAAGUGACCUCAUGACCUUGCAGUGACCUCAUGACCUUUCUAUAUCAGAUGGUGACAACGAGACAUGGAAAAACCAACAUUUUUGAUGUGGGAAUGGACCAGCUUGAUAUGUUAUAACACAUCAUGAGCUUAGUGAAGAUUUCAAACUUACUUGGAUCUGAAAGCUUGGAAAAGUAAUCAAUGUCAAUUUGUCAUGAAAAUGCAUAUGUAUUUGAAUGUAAAUAGCUUUCGAUUUCAAAAUUAAUUAAGUCGUUGGAAAAAUUAUCAUUAUUUUUACAAAAGCAGUUUCCCGACCAUUGUCCAUGAUUGAUGAAGCUAUACCAAUAAUGAACUUCAAGGUCAGUACCUGAGUAUCCUGCACCAUGACUGUGAAUUAUAGGUACUUUAUGAAACCAAAACCAAUCUAACAGGUUUCAGUUAGUCGAAGGUAUUUGGUCUGCUGUGAGUUUGUGAAGCGUCCCCUGCCUGUGUUCUGUGACGGAGGCCGCGGUCAAUACACCAUCACCACAGUUGGGACUCUGUAACAUUACUACUCUGCUCAAUGUAUGAGUGCUGUAACUAUAUUGGAUUGUUAUAAUAAACAUGUACAAAGUUGUCAAA